AUGCCCGAAGACGAAGAACCUUGCCAUAUCUGUUCUCUUCCCACCGAAAUACUCCUUUACAUUUUCAAUUAUCUAUCAGCCAAAGAUCUGACUAAGUGCCGCCAAGUUUGUUCCUGGUUCAAGUUGAUAAUCGACGGACUUAGUAGAAGUGACGUCUUCUGGCGGAAACAUUGCCGUAAGGAUUUCGGUGGUGUUUAUAAAAUAGCGCGGCAAAAAGCGAAAGCUGGCAUACUGUGGUACCAUAUUUAUCGUUCUUUAUCUCUUUGGCCCAAGCUCGAAACAGCCAGGGAAGUCAAAGAUGAGUUCGCAUCAGCAUCUAAAGUCAGCGAAGAGGUGAGAAACUUCGAAAUACUCCGUGACGGCAUUAUUGGUGUCCACAAAAGAGGUAUGAUAUGUUAUUAUGACAUAGAAACCCUUGAACUAUGCAAACGCGGACCCAUAACAGGUGACUAUCUACGUUACACUGAGAACGAAGACACGAUCUUAAUAUUGAGCUACCAUCUCCAAUUAUAUAUAAUACGUAAGUUGCUACACAAUUCUCACUUUGAAUCCAAUGUUACGUUUGACAAUGUGAAAACAUUCCUUCUUGUCAACAGAACUGUGUAUUAUGUGAAUUUGAGUGAUGAGAUUUACGUUUGCAAACUCGAAGAUGGUGACUUAUCUAGUAACUUCAUAAAGAGAACAGAAGACGGAGUUAUGUGCUUGGGAUUCACUAAGAACUUGCAUGUGUUGACGUUUCAACGCAACAUUUAUACCGUUAUAGGUGAUGACUUUGUGUAUACCUGUUCGUUAGGAGCCAAUUCAAAUUUACUGCACCAAUUACGAGAGUACAACUUCUUGGGACAGUUAGAUUGGAGAAUCUAUUUCCAGUGGAUGUAUGUUUUUAAUCACAGUGUGCCUGAAGGACCAUUACGAGACAUCGUCAUAGUUCGUGCAUAUGGGGAUGUUUAUUUCGUCGGUUCCAAUUGGGGAGUGCUCCGUAUCUACUAUGCUCCGUAUUCUUCAGGUGAAUUCGACCUUUUCAAUGCUGAACCUGUAAAGCAAUAUAACUUUAUGGAACGUUACGACUGUCCAGUUUUGAGUAUGUGUCCGAUCAUUCAAGUUGAUGUAUUAGAAGGUGAAGAUGGACAUACCGUUGUAGUAGCGAUGCCAAAAAAGAUAGCUGUUCUUAAUUUUGUUCAUAGUUUCAAAAGAUCUGCUUCAGUUGCAAUGCUACCUUAUGCUGACAUACAAAAAGUGAAAAUUCUAAAAAUUGCUGAAUAA